AUGAGGCUGCCCGAGCUGCUGAUUUUCCUGGCCCACUGGGGAAUCACCAGGGCUGGACAAGGGAAGUUCUGGCACGUCUCUGACCUGCACCUUGACCGGGACUACAAGGUGUCUGAAGACCCCCUCCAGGUGUGCCCAUCCGCUGGCUCCCAGCCGGUGCCCAAUGCAGGCCCCUGGGGUAACUACCUCUGCGAUUCUCCCUGGAUCCUUAUCAACUCCUCUAUCUACGCCAUGAAGGAGAUCGAGCCAGAGCCAGACUUCAUCUUCUGGACUGGUGAUGACACGCCCCAUGUGCCCAACGAGAACCUGGGAGAGGCGGCCGUGCUGCAAAUUGUGGAGAACCUGACCGAGCUCAUCAGAAAGGCCUUUCCAGAUACUAAAGUCUAUGCUGCUUUGGGAAAUCAUGACUUUCACCCCAAAAACCAGUUCCCGGCCGGAAGCAACAAUAUCUACAAUCAGGUAGCAGAGCUGUGGCGACCCUGGCUCAGUAACGAAUCCAUCGCUCUCUUCAGAGAAGGUGCCUUCUAUUCUGAGAAACUGCCAGGGCCAAGCGCAGCUGGGCGAAUCGUGGUCCUCAACACCAAUCUGUACUAUAGCAACAACGAGCAGACGGCCGGCAUGGCCGACCCUGGCCAGCAGUUCCAGUGGCUGGACGAUGUGCUGACCAAUGCGUCCCGAGCUGGGGAAAUGGUGUACAUUAUCGGCCAUGUGCCCCCGGGGUUCUUUGAGAAGACGCGGAACAAAGCGUGGUUCCGGGAGGGCCCCAACCAGGAGUACCUGAAGGUGGUCCGGAAGCAUCAUCGAGUCAUUGCAGGGCAGUUCUUCGGGCACCACCACACCGACAGCUUUCGGAUGUUCUACGAUGAUGCAGGUACCCCCGUCAGUGUCAUGUUCCUUACACCUGGGGUCACCCCAUGGAAAACCACGUUACCUGGAGUGGUCAACGGAGCCAACAAUCCAGGCAUCCGGGUGUUUGAAUACGACCGAGCCACACUGAGCCUGCAGGACAUGGUGACCUACUUCUUGAACCUGAGCCAGGCGAACGCGCAGGGUGAGCCGCGCUGGGAGCUCGAGUACCGGGUGACCAAGGCCUACGGCGUGCCCGACGCAGGCGCCCGCUCUAUGCACGAGGCGCUGGGCCGCAUCGCCAGCGACCAGGGCGCGCUGCAGCGCUACUACGUCUACAACUCGGUCAGUUACGACACGCGGGCCUGCGACGAGGCCUGCCAAGCCGAGCACGUGUGCGCGCUGCGCGAAGUGGCCUUCGACAGGUAUGCCGCCUGUCUGCGCGCCCCCGGCGUCGCGCCCGCGCCCCGCCUCGCGCUCCUGCUAGUGGCGCUGCUGGGCCUGCGCACGCUGCUUGUGCAGUGACCUUGGGCGCCGCCCGCUGAUUGGCUUGGCUCGCCUUCCUCCUGGUAAAAUGGGGAGAGCAUUCCCCCCACCUCCCCCGAGAGCUGGACUUUCCACCCUUUCCCCGGCGUCCGCAGAAUGAACUGGGACAGGACAGCCGAUCAGGAAAUGAAGCCCCAAGGGCCCCACCAGAAGCACAUUUCUUUCAAGUUUCAUGUUUUAUCCCAAACACAAUGCUCGUCGUGCAUGUUAUUCUGUUAUUAACUUGUAAAUCAUGUUUAAAGUAACUCCC